AGAAGAAACCCGCUGAGAAGACCAGCUGUGGCUCCCUCCUGCACGAAGGCCCCAGCGCCGUCCUGCCCAACGCCUCGGCCGCCGUCAGUCUGGAGAGCUCUGCUGAGGCUGGUCGUUAUGUCGUGGUGAACCGUGACGUCCCGGCGGGCAAGAUCCUGAUGGCAGAAAAGCCAUACUGUGCCGUGCUGAAGCUGGAAGUCGGUGGCACUCACUGCACACACUGCUUUCACCAGUUAGUUGACAAAGCAGCGGUGCCUUGUCGGUGGUGCUCCGGUGUGGCGUUCUGCGGACCGCGAUGCCGCGAUCUGGCACUCGCCACCUACCACCGCUGGGAGUGCAAGUUCUUCAACCUCCUUCGAGGGUCAGGGAUGUCACUCAACUGCUACCUCGCCCUCAGGAUCAUCACGCAACACGGCCUUCACUUCUUCAAGAAGGUGAGACUCACUAAGCAUCCAUGUAUACUGAAUUAUGGCACGGUGCCUUGUCGGUGGUGCUCCGGUGUGGCGUUCUGCGGACCGCGAUGCCGCGAUCUGGCACUCGCCACCUACCACCGCUGGGAGUGCAAGUUCUUCAACCUCCUUCGAGGGUCAGGGAUGUCACUCAACUGCUACCUCGCCCUCAGGAUCAUCACGCAACACGGCCUUCACUUCUUCAAGAAGCUGCGUCAUCGCCUGCAGGAGCCUCCGCAGUUGCCCUCGGCGUCCUCCCCGCACCGUCCCAACGACUACCUCAGCCUCUACCACCUGGUGGGCCUCGAGGAGCACCGAACGCCCUCGGAUCACUUCAAGCGCACCCUCAUGUCCGCGUUCCUGCUGAAGGUGCUGCAGCGAGCCCAUUUCUUCGGGAAGUGGGACGAAGACGCUAAUAAGCCCGAUGCGGACUUGAGUGAGGACGAACUCUUGAUCGGUAGUCUACUGCUGCGCCAUCUGCAAAUCCUCCAGUUCAACGCACACGAGCUUAGUGGCAUGGCUUUCGGAGAUACCAAAGAGAAUUUCAAAAAGACAAAAUCAGUCUAUUUAGGCUUAGCGGUUUACCCAACUGUGUCGUUUUCCAACCAUUCGUGUUACCCCGCUGUCGGCAGGUACUUCGAUGGCAACAAAAUGGUAAUCGUCAAUCUCCGACCUCUAAAGACAGGUGAAGUUCUGUACGAGAACUAUGGCCCGGUUUUCACACACAAUAAGCUCCUGGAGCGCCAGAGGAAGCUCAGUUCCAGAUACUGGUUCAA